AUGGCCACCCCUGAGCCUGCUUUGCCUGUCCAGAUGCAGUCAAAUAUUCCAGAGGUCUUAACGCCCAGUUCAGAGACUGAUGAACUGUUUGGAUUUUAUUGUUCUAAAUAUGUGUUUCAGCUGGUGCUCUCAGAUCUAUCAUGUGAAGAAAGUGAAAUGUGUGCAAAUUAUGAUGACCAGCAUUCUGAUGGCUGGUAUAUCUGGUUCCUACUGAUGAUACUCUUGGUGGUUCUCCUCUGUGGAGUAGUGCUUCUCUGUCUCCGGUCCUGGCUGAAAAGGUGCAGAAUAGAUGAUCCUCCCAGACGCACCGUGGCUGUUUUUGCUGUUGGAGACCUGGAUCUCAUUUAUGAGACAGAAAUGGCUGGAAGUCCAACAUCUGGAAUAGGCCUCCCUGCUCCAAACACUGAACUGGGUCCUGCUCCAUGUUUUAGUGCCUUAGGUCCUCCACCUCCAUAUGAAGAGACUCUUAAAACAAGCUGA